UUGUCCAUCUAGACGACAUAAACAUAAAAGGUGGAAAGAGAGUGAGUGACCCAUUUCCCAGAGGAUCAGUGGUGAAUACACAGAGGAAGAAAAGUGCUCCAGGGGGGAUUUCUUCUUCUUCUUCUUCUUCUUCUUUUGUUUUCUUUAACAUCCUGUGGAUUUAUGUGAAGGAAAGGACAGAAUGGAUGACAGCAUUAGUGCAGGUAACUGUUCAUUCUGUGUCUGUGUCCAUGUUUUUACGUUAAGACACAGUUCCUAUUCCAGUAAUAGACGUUUUGCACCAAAUUAGAAACUACAAAAACACAUUCACAGCGAUUACUCCAUUCAUUAAUAUAUAUAUAUAUAUAACACAGAAAUCAUUCAAACUGGAUUAUUGUUGGUCUUUGGACAAGAAGACAUUUGGAAACGUCAUCAUUUCCAGGUUUACUGACAUGAAUUGGACCAAACAACUAAUCAACAGAUUAAUGGAUUAUGAAAAUAAUUGUUAGCUGCAGCCCCAAAUGAAGGCAAAUCCUAAUCUCUGAUUAAUCUUUGAAAGUCUUUGAAUUUCUGUGUGAUUGUGAUUUCAAAUCCAGGCCUCACUGGGUCCAUUGAUGGAUGAUACGUUCUUUUUAAUGUGUUUCUAAAUGUGGGAUUGUGAGAAAACAUGUGGAAUCUAGUGUUUACGUAUUUUGCCGUCGUCACGUUUCAUUUCUGGGAUUAUUAACUGUUGAAUCAAAAGUGUAAUAUUUGCUCCUUUAGAAGCAAAAUAACAAGAAAACUGAAUGUUUAAGAUCAAAACAGAAUAUUAGUAACAUAAAUAUAGGAAAUUUAAUAUGACAAGAAAUAUGACCCUGUUAAAUUCAGUGAGAAACAAAUAGAAAGUGUGAAUCCAUAAUGAAUUCAUUAGGGCUGCAGCAGUCUGACGAGUCUUACUGACAAGUUGUUUCGUCCAUAAACCAGAAAAUAUUCACAUUUAAAAAGCUGAAAAAUCACAGAGAACUUCUUUUUAAUUACUAAAAAACUGAUUAAACGGUUGAAUAAUGAGCCACUGAUGAGUAACCCUAACCGCGUACAGAAAAGCGAGCGAUUUAAAACAAGAAAACUGCUUAAUAACAGCGUAAUGAGUCAUAGUAGCAGCAGAGAACGCGUGCACAGGAUUUGCUGCGUUCAUUUUAUGACUGAGCCCCAGAUGUUCCAGCUGUGGUCGUCUGUCUCCAGGUUAUUCAUUCCGGUGACUCUCCCUCGUGUAUUUUGGUCUCCCCCUCUCCCCUCUUUUUAUUGUUUGUCACCACCAGUGCAGGCGGGUGACACAGUGAUAAGCCCAGCUGUGAUGACACUGGCACUUUCUAUUGUGUGACACUGUGUUCAGAGCUCUGUGUGCGCCUCACAGGCUGCUGCUGCUGCUGCUGCUGCUGCUGCUGCUGCUGCGUAUGUCACCACUGAGUUGUCUGAUAGAAGCUGGAAGUCAGAAGUAAAGGUUAUAUCACCUAAAUAUCUGACUGGGCAUCAUUUAUUAGAAAGUGAACGUCAGUUUUAAUGUAAAAAUGUUGAAUAAAGGACAGAGUAGUUGAGGAAUCCUUUGAUUUGACUGCAUUUGAAGUUUGAACUCAGGGCUGCAGUUUAAGAUUACUUUAAUAAUCUCGAUUAACUGUUUGCUCCAGAAAAUGUCCGAAAAUGUCCCCAAAUCUCUAAACGAUGAUGUUCCCAUGUGUCUUAUUGUGUCCACAAACCAGCAUGAUUCAGUUAAGUAAAGAAAUGUGAAAAGACUCACAUUUAAGAGCUGAAAACUAUUUAAAGAAACACUCAAAAAGAUCAGAUGUAUGAUCAAAAUAACUGAUGAAAGAAUCUAGCGGUUGAUUAAUAAUCGAUUCAUUAUCACAGCCCUAUUAUGUGUGGGUUCAAAAAUGUGAUUCUCCAAUUCAUAUUGAUCUUUAUUUGAAAGAUACAUGGACAAAUAAUACAGGAAGUUUGACAUUUCCUGUAUCGUCUGCACAAAAAUCAUGACGUGUAUAUGUUUGCCUGUUUGUUUGUGACAGAUUUAUGACGCUGCGUUUGGCCAAAACUUCACUUUAGAGACCAGUUUCAUUGUAUACGUACAAUCUUGACAGAAACAGGCCAUCAUUUAAUUCACAGAGCUGAGCUGGGAGAUAAUACAAAGAGCUUGUUUUGCAGAGUUUGCAGUCUCUCAACAGGAAAAAGGUAUUUGGUGGUGAAGGAGCUGCUCGGUAUCUGCCCUUCCUCCUCCUUCCUCCUCCUCCUCCUCAGUCUGACAUUGGCUGGUAUCUCUCAAAACAGACGAGGGCCAAAUCCAAACAUUCCUGUCUGCACUGUGUUUUACGAGGAUACCGGAGGAGAUAAAGGGCAGAAAACCCUGGUUUUUUUUCGGAGACUGAGGAGACUUUAAUGUUUGAUUUAGAGAGAAAACUGUGGUGAAAAUGUUCAUUUUGAAGGAUCUCAUUCCAAAAAAGUCAAAAGAAACAAACACCUUUUUGCCUGUACGGUUAAAAUCUUGGCGUAUGAACAUCAGUAACUGUCAGCUUUAUUUGUCCACGCUGUGACAAAGUGAGCUGUUGUAGUGGUGUUGACGCUCUCGGGCCACUCGCAGUCCAAACAUUAGAUUACAGCAAGGACGCGGGACAGGAGGACAAUAACUCCUCCCCCCUUGUCUUAAAUCCCACUUAAUAAUCCCCCGAGGAAAUCUCUGCAGCACAAGGUGGAGUGUGUUGGUGUGUGUGUGUUCACACUGGGGGGGGCUGUAGCUCCUCAGUCAUGGAGUUGCCAGAUUCCUCAGCUCUCGUUUCUGUCACAGUGGUGGGAGCGGUGGUGUCAGAGAUCACUGUGUCUUCUGUCCUCAAGUGUUUUUGACGGAGUUGGCUGAAGAGCGAAAAAGUGAAGUGUCCUUUUUUUCCGUGUUCGGGUCACUCGCACACCGCGAAGCAGAGGAGAUUCACAGGGCCGGUGAGUCCAUUCAUUCAUUCACUCAGUCAGAAUAUUUGAAACCUCUAUUUCUAGUUUUUUCAAAUAUUUAUACUCGAGAUACAGAGUAAUUAAUAAUAAAUAGGAAUACAGUCUUGCACACCAUCUAAAAACCCCGUACAUUCAAGUUCCAAAGCUGUUUAAACUGAUUUACUACGUCAGGUUUCAUUUAUUUAACCUUAAUGUUAGUGAGUAUUUGUAUUGGAAACAUUUUAAAAUCUUUCUGCCUAUAUGCUCUUGUUUUUAUGGAAAUAUAAAUAUAAAUUUCUUAUUUUUAGACCUUUUAGACCUUCUUUUACAGUGUCUUUGCAAAGAUUUGCUACUCAUCUGACAGUUCAUGACUCGCAAAAUGUCAUACUGGACAGAUAUUAAUGCCAAAAUGGUUGAUGUUGUAUCUCCGCGCGCUAUGCCGUCAGAAACCGAAGUACAUGUGGCGAGGAACUUUCUCACCAAGAUUUUGCGAAGCUCUAUGAGGAGGAACCGCUUCAAAGGAAAGAAUGAUCCGGGCUCGCGGCCCCAUUCCUGGCACUCCUCCAAGCUGACCGAAGUGGAGUCAGAGCCCGUUGGGAGAGAGGCCACCCCAGCACCAGUCUGGCAGCCAAAACAUGAAGCAAGGUCCAAAGAUUUGUCUACUCAAGGGGAACAAAGCAUUCAGCAUCAGUCCAGCUCAGUGAACAACAUGGAGAGACUGGACCGACCCUCUCACCCUUACCCACACAUUCGUCUUUCCCCAACCAAACACAUGAGCGGCACUGAGCCUCUUGGUGGACCAGGUGGCAAAAGAGAAUCUGGGUUCAGCUGUUUCUCCAACAGCUCCAGCCCUCCUGUUCACCUUCAGAAUACAUACGCUAGGAAGGGUACCAGCACUGAAAACGUUUUUUUCAAGGGCUUUCAGGGCGAAGGCCUUCAACAGGCUGGGCGGCCCAGGUACCUCCAGCCAACCCUAGGGAAUGGAUGCUGGGAGGGUUCACAGGCAGAUGAGCGGCCUGCUUCUCGGGUUUCCAUUACAGGGAAACCCAGCAUCAGCCCAGUUUGGCAGGUACCGGAGAAGAAGUCCCAGUCUCCUCCUCCACCUCCUCCCCUGCGUAGCGACAGUUUUGCCGCCACAAAAGUGUUCCCUUAUUCCGAGGGGCCAAAUGGUCCAACAAAGACUCAUGGUAGAUCAACAGAAAAACUGACUGAAAAAGACCAGAAUAGAUCUCACCAGGAAAAGACCUCAGAAGCCAGACGUAGCUUCAACCCCUUAUCCACCAAAGAUUUUCUCCAUCCCGGCACAACAGCUGAUCACAACCACAACCAGCUGCACCCCAACAAACUCUUCUCCUUGUCCAGCAAUGAUGUUAGACAGCCUCAGUAUACCCAAAUACCUGCCCACCAGAGGCAAUACAGCGAUGAAAGCCCCUUCUACCUGCAGACAAGAUCAACCCCGACCACCAAGACUCAAAGUGUAGGAAGCUACUAUCGUAGCCUCCAGGAUCUGCCCACAAAUGUCUUCAGCCGUAAGCAUGUCCGGCACUCCACAGCAUCUAUUACAAGUUCAGCUGCAAACCCAAACUUUGAUAGCAGCGGGUACAGCAGACACUAUGCUCCAGCAAGCAAGCAUUCAGUCCAGAUUGCUGAGCUCCAAGCCUGGCAGGGCAAAAUAGAGAACUGGAGGGGGGAAACGGGUAAACUUCACUGGGUAAACAGCAAUGAACCAGGCUUCCCAUCUUCCUUGAAGGGAAAUGUCAUGGCAAAUUACUCUCUACCUCAGUCCCAAAUGCCUUACAGUGGGAAUGGUCUAUAUUAUGACCAUCAAACGUCUGAACAUUCUAAUCGUAGCCGCAGCCCAGAGAAUGCUGCCAACAGAGGUGAGGGGCCCACUAAUGACAUCAAAAGACAGUUUCCAACACAUCCAGCGAAUGAUCAUAAGAUCAAUCUUCCAAGGCAGCAAGACCCAUGGGUGCCUCAAGAUGACCACAGAAUAUCCCCCCAUAAAACACCACUUCUCCACUCCCUGACCCAAGAAAGUAGGAUUCUCACUGAAAGGCAACCAGCAGCGAUGACCACAGGUGUCUUGUCCACCCAGGAUACUGGUGAUAACAUGUCCCCCAGCGGUGGAAAAAUGAAUCGGCGCAGCGACCGCUAUGCCACAACUCUCCGCAAAGAGAUACAACAGAAACGGGCUCAACUGCAGAAGAGUCGCAGUGCUGCAACCUUGACUUGUGAUGCAGAUGAUGAUGAGGUAGAGGAGUGGAGAUCCACUGAGACGCCUACAUCUUCUGGUGUGUCAUUUACCAACACCUACAAAGACCACCUGAAGGAGGCACAAGCCAGGGUUCUCCAGGCCACUUCCUUCCAGAGACGUGACCUGGAGCCCUUUGGACCAGAGGUGCCAGUACUUAAAACUUCUAAUGGACGGAUUAGAGGACGUAAGCGUUUCCCCCUGGCAAAGAAAACACAUUCCUUUUCAGAACCUGACAAGAUCGAUAAAGUAGGAGUGGAGGGAGAGCUUCAAACAGGGUCUUCUGGAGAACAGAGGAAGUAUUUUGAGGCCAAACCAGCAUUUUCCAGACCUCUACUUAAGUCAAAUAAGGUUACCAACUUAGACCAUGACCUUGGUGAGAUAAGCAAAGACAGAUCUCCCUCUGAACGGCCUGAGCAGUCUAACUCUACCACAGACCCCAACCACCUCAGCCCACAUGGUCAUAAGCAGAACUUACUAGAGCAGCAGAGGCUCGGGACCUUCGCUGAGUACCAGGCCACGUGGGACAAGCAGAAGAAGUCACCAGAUGCAAGGAUUCAAGGGCGGUAUCACUCUGCUGAAAACAUCCUGGAUGCAGAGGAAAAACCCAUCUGCAUCCAUGAGAAAUCAAGAUCUUCCCCUUCUGCAGACUUCCAUACACAGAGUAUUCCCUCAUCAUGGAGAGACCCUCAAGCUCAAGAGAGCGGUCAGCAUACCAGUGGAGAGGCAGAGGACACACUGCAAUACCAACCUGACCACAGCCCACAGUCUGCUCCGUCAGUACCCAGAAACGAGGGCCCAGUACCAGGCCUCUCUGACCACGGGACCAAACCUAAUGCUGCUAGUCCCUCCCAAACCACACUCUCCUCAGGCCCUCGAAGCCUUAGCCCCAACACUGGCUCCCAGCCUCCACAAACCAAGGGCCUCCUGCCACCACCCAGGACCCAUUUAGGCCCAGAAACCACAUCCUCCUCCCAGGAAUUCCUCUCUGGCGCCCAGUCGGACCCGGCAGCACUCCAGCCUCUGUCCAGCUCUAGCUCUGACGGCCAGCACCAUGCUCCUGCCCAGGUCUCCUCCUCUGCUAGCCCCGCCCCAGUCGGCUCCCCUCACCUCAGUCCAACAUCUGCACCAGACAUGAGCAAAGGAGAUGUGGAAGCAGAGCAGGAGAAGGAGCAGCUGCCGCUUCUUCCCUCCUCUUCAUCCCCAUUCUCCUCCUGGACGCCCGCUCUCUUCAUUCCCGCAGCCGAUCGCGCGCGGUCUCCCUCGCCACAGUUUGCACCACUGAGGCUGACGGACAAGCCGCCAACCGCGUCCGUGCAGGAUGAUUCAUCGCUCAGGUCAGAAAUGAAGGUGAAGCUUGCAGAAGUGAUGGAUGUCAACAGUCCAGUGAGGAAAGUCCCUGUGAAGAUUGUCCACGCUGACAGCAGCUCAGACCGGGACAGACGUGCCUACCUUCCCCAAAGCAGUGACACCUUCAGCAGCUUUGUGCCAUCGCCCUUCAUCCCCAGCCUGGGUGCCACAGAGCACCCGGCGUCGUCCCUGUUCAGCGCUUACACGCGGCAGGUCGCACAGGACCGAGGUCAGGCGCCGACGUCGACCCAGGAGUCGGUCCUCGAGUUGAGCCCCACGGGCGCUCGGCACUUGGAAGAGGAUGCGAAGCGAGAGGAACUGGCCCGGGACAUCAUGGGCAGAGACAAGUCCCUUGUGGACAUCCUUGACCAGAGUGGCAGGAAGACCACCAUGGACCUCAUGGAGGGACUCUUCCCCCCAGAGGGGGAGAUCCUGGAGGGAGCCCAACAGAGGAGGAGGGCCUCAUCCAGCUCCAGGCUGCCCCCAUCAUCUCCCCGGAGUGUCGACAGGAGGGAGGAGGACGACGUGUCCGUGUCAGCAGCGGCGUCUCUGGUCCCCAGCUCCUCCUACUACAACACGUCCGCUCCCAAAGCCGAACUUCUCAUCAAAAUGAAAGACAUGCAGGGGCAGCUGGAGGAGCAGGACUCUGAGGACGAGCUGGACGUUGACCUAGCAAGUAAAAAACAAGAGCUGAUCACCAGUCUGGCUAAGAAGCUGGAGAUACUGCGGGAGGCACGGCAGAGCCUGCAGGAGGACGUGGAGGACAACGAGACUCUAGGGCGAGAGGUGGAGGCCACCGUGCAGUGUCUCUGUCAGCCCAACCAGCUGGACAAAUUCCGCAUGUUUGUGGGCGACUUGGACAAAGUGGUGAGCCUGCUGCUGUCGCUGUCAGGGCGGCUCGCGCGGGUCGAAAACGCCCUCGACAGCCUGGAGGACGAUGCUUCACCGGAGGAGAAGCGCACCCUGACGGAGAAACGCAAGCUGCUGAUGCGGCAGCACGAAGACGCCAAGGAGCUGAAGGAGAACCUGGACCGCCGAGAGCGGCUGGUGUCGGGCAUCAUGGAGGUCCACCUGGACGCGGAGAGCCUGGAAGACUACCGGCACUUUGUGAAGAUGAAGUCUGCGCUCAUCAUCGAGCAGCGCAAGCUGGAGGACAAGAUCAAGCUGGGGGAGGAGCAGCUGAAGUGCCUGUUGGACAGUCUGCCACUGGAGCAGAGGCCACUGCUCUGAUGACUUCACCUGAAGGUGCAACACGUAGCAUUUGUAAUUGACUUUGUCGUUUUAAUGACAACCACACACUUGUGUAGCUCUGUUCCACCAAAUAGUUUUUAAGUAGUUACUAUUUAAAAGAAAAAAGAAACACUUUUUGCACAUGUUGACUAGACAUGAACAGAGACACUGGUAUUAACUGUAAUUAACUGAUUAAUUCAUGUUUUAAAUGGAUACUGUAAAGAUGACACAGAGAGGAUUUGUCUCUAUGUAUUGUUUAUUGCAAUUUUUUUUCUAUUUUACUCAAUAAGUGUUUGGCCAUGUGUUUAAAAAUUGGUCAUUAUUUACAAAGAAAUAUAAACAUUUAUUUCAAUAAUGAAGGAGUGAAAGAACAUCAUCCUUUUGCUUGGAGGGCAUAAACUGUACCUCCACCUCCGUUUACGUCCAAAAACAUUGGAUUUCAAACGCUCCAAAGAAGCUCGGGCUGUCACUUUUCAUUCGAAAUACAAUAUUAUUUCAAUGACCUGUUUGAAAUGUGUUGCUGCACACCCUUCAGUGUCCAGCAGAGGGCGCUUGUAAGGUUUCCCACAGCACUCAAACACGCUGACAGACUUGUUUUCUUGGCAAAUAACAUUAGAAAAGAAGUUUUCAUUUGAGUUAAAAGCUGCCGGAGCCUCAGUGAUUUCACGUUCAGUGUUAUGAACACUAGCAGUACUGGUAAUAAAGAGGGAGCAGCGACGGCAGUUCAAAUCAUUAUUAUUAUCAUUAUAAAUGUGUUCAAACGUGCCAGCCUAAAAGAAAUCAUUACCUAAAUAUACACUUACCAAAUUAAAUUCUCAGUCAGUACACUAUCAGAUCCGUUUGGUUGGAUCUUCCAAUCUCCUGCCUCGCUUUCUUAUUUGUGUUGCUGAGCUGUAUUUUUAACGCCCCACACUUUACAUUGCUGCAUUUAUACUUAAUUAUCACUAAGUAUGUUUUAAAGAAAUAUUUACUAGUAAUUUAUUGUAGCUUUUUAUGAAAAUGUCGUUAAAGUCCACUCUUUUUGCAAAGAAAAUGUAAUGAAGAGUUUGAUUCCCAAAUCUCAUAAAUGAGCUUGAGUUUACAAUUCAGUUUUUAAAAUGUUACCGUCGAGAUUUCUUUUCCACCUUUUUGAAGGCAAAACCUUUCUUCUUUCCUCUGUGUAGCGUAUGAUUCUUUACGAGUAGCUGUCACUGUUACAUUCAAUGCACAUCUCAUGUUGAAAUGGACCUUUUAAUUAAAUAAAAUUAAAUUUAAUGCUGGUGGAUUUGACUUCAAUCAAUGUACAUUUUCUCCUUUUCUAAAAUAAAAGCUGAUUUACGUGGAGGUCAGUCAAAAGGUUAGCACUUUACUCUCUGCUUUGGUCCUUGUAGGGGACUCUACAUAUAUACAGUAUAAUUAUUUCUAUAUAUAUAUAUAUAUAUUUAAAUGAAGAUGUGCCUACUGUGGCCUCCCUCUGCUGUGAUCUGUGUACAGCCCUCACUUCUAUGUAUGCUGUGUGCUCUUUCACCGACAUGAAAACAAUAAAAUGAUGAAUUGGA